AUGCCUCCAAAGAAAGAACCAAGAUUUAAGCCCAAGGCCAAGAGGGCAAAUAAUGAAUUGAGAGCCGAGAGAGAGAGGUUGGCUGCAAUUGCAGCACAUGCUGCUGCCGUCCGAGUAGAAAGGGAGCAAGAAGAGUCAAGGAUAAGAGAGGGAGAAGGAGAAGAAGAGGAAAGACGUGGUGCUUCGGCACAUAAUCCUUCUGGCACUGGUGGUUUCUGGGUGGGGGGUAAUGAGUGUUGGCAUGAGGAGGGAGGAGAUCUUGCGGGCGUUUCUGCGGGCAUUAGCUCCAGCACAUUUUCGGGUCUAACAUAUAGACCAAAGAACGCACCCACGCCUGCGCAAAUGGAGGAGCAGCGCCAGAAGCAAAAUGAGCGCCGCAAGGCACACAAAAGAAAGGGUCGGCAGCUUAAGCGCGAGGCGGCAAACAAAGCCGAUGCCAAGAUUGUUAAGGGUAUGGCCCGUUUGAGAAUCGCGGAGCGGAUUGCGGCGGGAGAGGAAGUCGCUUUUGAUGAGGACGAGGAUGAGGAAGAAGAAGAUAGGAUCUGGACUACGGUCCUCGGUAACUGGAGUCUACCGGACGAUGACGAUGACGAUGAUGUAUGUGGGGGAGCUGGUGGGCUCGGUGGUUCAUUCGGGGGAGGAUCUGGCGCUGGAGGCCAAGGAGUAAACCAACUCCUUCUCUCCGGAAACUAA